CAUUGUCAUGAGGAAGAUGCACUUUGAUAGAUUAAGUAGGUACAUAGGUAAUUAAUCCACGAAGCUCCAUAGGGAUAAUCAUGCAUAACGCCUUUGCAUUCGUACAUCCACAGAAGCAUGCAAGCGGCCUUACGAAGUGCUCAUUCGCCGCCUUACGGAUCAUACAUGCAUUAACCUCGCUAGAACUAGAUUAGAAAUGAGCGGCAUGAUCAGAAUGCACUAACCCUGCUUUUCCAUAUCACGAAGUUAUUCCCAUGCCUCGGUGCAAAUCGCAACACCCAAACCUCUGGUACCAAGAUAUCUAGAUAGCCAUGAAUACCCUCCAACGUGAUGAAAUCCGCGUUCUGAACAUCUUACCAGGAGAUACGAGUGCGCCAAUCAAAUGUGAGCUUCGCAUAGCUAGUCUUUCGACGAACCCUAAGUAUGAGACGCUUUCGUAUGUAUGGGGCGACUUCACCGAUCUCGUCGACAUCGAGCUCGACGGUCGCAACGUCGGUGUGACGAAAAAUUUGCAUACAUUGCUGCGACGCCUGCGUCUAGAGUCCGAGGCUAGGUCGGUGUGGAUCGAUCAGCUCUGCAUAGACCAGAAAAAUAACGAAGAAAAGUCGAAACAAGUACGUUUGAUGAGGGAUAUCUACUCCAAGUGCUCAUCUGGACUCAUCUGGUUUGGAGAGCUACGCGACAACCUGACUUUAGAGGACGCUGCGACUGUUGUCGAUUUCUUUCGAUAUAUCGGUGCCUUCUUGAGAACAGGAUCCGAGGAAGGGCAAUCUAAACCAGUCUUCGCAGAGUCACAAGUCUCGUCUAAGCGUUUCUUGGUGGCUUUAAGGUCCAUAAGCUAUUAUGAAUGCCCUUGGUGGCUUCGUAUAUGGACUGUACAAGAAGCAGUCCUGCCUAAACAAUCGACAGUCGUAUGGGGUCCCUUUGAAAUAUCGUGGGACAUAUUUCUCCUCGGCGCCCGUACCUUCACCUUCACAACUUUUUCAAAGCUCGAGAUCGUUUCGAACCUGAGCCCGGAAGAACAGUGGAGCGUCUUCAACAUAUUCAGACAAGUCAAAGCUUUCGCAAACGCGAACAACUUAAAGCAUGAUCCUAUCAGUGUCAUGACCCGUUGGCGCGGUCGCCAGGCUACUGAUCCCCGAGACCACGUCUAUGCCCUAACUGGCCUUAACGCGCCCGGUUUGUUGCCAAAUAGUGAGAAAUGUGACUAUGGUAUCCAGCCUCACGAAGUCUACGAGAUAGUCACGAAGGAUUUAAUCCGAUUCUACGGGAACCUGCUGCCAAUUUCGAUGAACCCACGUCUAGCGCAAUCGUACGCAACACGUGGAAUCCCCGGCUGGGCCCUAGACCUGAAUGCGCCUCGUAAUUAUUGGACUCCGUGGACGCUUGACCGCAACCUCUACGAGAAUUCCAACGCCAAUAGAGGCAUGACGCCGAGCUUGAUCGACCUAAGUGUGGAAAAGGCCCUCGGUCUCGUCGGAACAUUUGUAGACGUAGUGAAGAUAGCGGAUUACGAACAACAUUGGAUUAAAGAUACCCAGGCGAUUGCGAAGAUAAUGCGACGAUGGUACUCGCUCGUAGAGCAGAAUAAUGACACACAUAAAUGCGAAAGCCAGCAAAUGUCAGACGGUGAACGGUCAAGUCGACGGAGGGACUUUGGGUUGCUCAUGCUACAUAACAUCCUAAGAGGAAAGGAUUGGGAAAUCACUUCGCCAGUAGUCCAAAGUGAUAUCGAUGCAGUAUUCGAAUACUUUUACACUGGAGAACCGAACCACACAAUAGACUCAAUCAUCGCAUCAACAAUGCAGCAGAGUUUCUUCAUAACAGCGACGGGAUUAAUGGGCCUUGGUCAUCUCGAAGUACAACCUGGCGAUGAGAUAUGGAUCUUUAGCAUGGGAAAGAUACCAUUUUCCCUAAGAAAGCGUAAAGAUACUCAAGAACCUACAACGAAUUACGAGUUCUUCGGGCCAUGCUAUGUCCAAGGAAUCAUGCAGGGAGAGUUUCUUGAAGGUGGCCAAGCGAAAGAUGAGGAACGAACUAUAUGGAUACACUGAGAACGUCGCAGCAAAAUAAGGCCAUGGUAUGAUUAUUACUUGGGUAGGUAGGGGGGUGAUGUUUAGAAAAGACCUCCCGAUUCCUCAGACCGUCCUCAAGUCGUUGUCUUGGCCCCUUUUACAUAAACCGAAUUUUACUAUGGGGUCAUAAAAAGGGGCUCAAAGCAAUUAACACACAAGUCACUAGGUUCGCAACACAAAACAAGCUACUCCAAUAAGGCAAAGAGAAUGAAGGGCUCAACUUGGCUCAGAAGACUAAAAAGCUGGUAGAACUAUAAAAAAGGUAUGUAAAAGGACAAUAAUGCCAAAAUAUUUCGACGCGGAGCCGAGUACAAAGAACGGUAAGAAUUAAAUGUGUCCGACCCCGAUCCCCCAGUACGAAUGCUGUGUCCGAAUCGGCGGACGUCUAAU